ACAACAAGCAAUAAAAUAAAUUGAUAGGGAUUUGCCUAAUUAAUCCCUUGUCAGUGAAGAAGAGAGAGAGAGGCCAGCCCUCAUCCCGUUCUUAUUCAGUGUGAUUUUCAGUGUUAAUAGCAAAGUGAAUGUUCUAGGAGUUUUUAAAAAGGCAAACAAAAAUAUAAGCUUAAAAUAUUUUCCUGCGGUUGUGGAAGUGCGAAAAAAAGGAAUCCACAGCUGGAAGCAACUCGUAACCAAUUAAAAAAGAGAUCAAGUUGUAAUUAUCCCGAGAAAACUUGGAAACCUAUACUUCUUUCUUCGAUUGAGGCCAUCAAACCGAAACAACCAACCAACCAUCUCAGCCGACCGACCAUCAACCCCACUUGUCAAACAAAAGUUAUAAUGUUUAAUAAUUUUUGUCCACUUGAUUGGAUAAUACAGCCAGUUCAAUGUCAAGAUGGUCCCUCGUUUUUAAAACGUGCCAACACCGAUAAAUUACGAGAAGUCUUCCUUAAGUACGCCUCAUACCAAAAGAAUGAUGAACAUUUUAUGACCAGUGAGGAUUUUGUUCGCAAAUUUUUGGGUCUAUUCACAGAUGUUGCAUUUAAUGAUGAAUCAGUGCGUUUAUUAGCCGGUAUCGCCGAUACCAGUAAAGAUGGUCUUAUAUCAUUCUCAGAAUUUCAAGCCUUCGAAGGUCUACUGUGCACACCAGACGCUCUAUAUAAAACAGCUUUUCAACUAUUCGAUCGCCAAGGAAAUGGAACAGUGUCUUAUGCCGAUUUUGCUGAUGUCGUACAAAAAACUGAGCUACACUCAAAAAUACCCUUCAGUUUAGACAGCCCUUUUAUCAAAAGAUAUUUUGGUGAAAAAAAACAACGUUUAAUUAAUUACGCUGAAUUUACUCAACUGCUUCAUGAUUUCCAUGAAGAAUAUGCGAUGGAAGCAUUCCGUAGCAAAGAUCCAGCUGGUUCUGGAUACAUUUCCCCCUUAGAUUUUCAAGAUAUUAUGGUUAAAGUGAAAAGGCAUUUACUCACAGCCGAUGUUAAAGAUAAUUUGGUAGCGGUCACCGAAGGCCAUAAGGUAAGCUUUCCAUAUUUUAUGGCUUUCACGUCGUUACUAAAUAAUAUGGAAUUGAUAAAACGCAUCUAUUUACAUGCUACACAAGGUAAUCGCACCGAGCCCGUUACCAAAGAUGAGCUACUGUUUGCCGCUCAGACCAUGAGUCAAAUUACUCCAUUGGAAAUUGAUAUAUUGUUCCAGUUGACGGGGGCAUUGCAACAGUCGGGUUGGUGGAGACGUAAAAAAGUCCAAGCAAGUAGUCGCAUUGUCUAUAGCGAUUUGAGUAUUAUCGCUCCAGAACAUUAUACGAAGCAUAUCACCACAAGAUUGGCCGAAAUCAAGGCUGUCGAAAGUCCAGCAGAUAGAUCAGCAUUUAUUCAGAUUUUGGAGAGUACCUAUCGUUUUACUUUGGGUUCAUUGGCUGGUGCCGUUGGUGCCACUGUGGUCUAUCCCAUCGAUUUGGUCAAGACACGUAUGCAAAAUCAACGCACAGGCUCAUUUAUUGGUGAAGUCGCCUAUAGGAACUCAUGGGAUUGUUUUAAAAAGGUUAUCCGUCACGAAGGUGUCUUAGGUCUAUAUCGUGGUCUCUUGCCCCAGCUGAUGGGUGUGGCACCCGAAAAGGCCAUAAAAUUGACAGUCAACGAUUUGGUACGUGAUAAAUUCACCGAUAAACAGGGUGUCAUACCCAGAUGGGCUGAGGUUUUGGCCGGUGCAUGUGCUGGUGGCUCUCAAGUGGUAUUUACCAAUCCAUUGGAAAUUGUUAAAAUUCGUUUACAAGUGGCUGGUGAAAUUGCUGGCGGUGGAAAAGUUCGUGCCUUAUCGGUUGUACGUGAAUUGGGUUUGUUUGGCCUGUACAAAGGUGCUCGUGCCUGUUUAUUGCGUGAUGUACCAUUCUCGGCCAUUUAUUUCCCAACCUAUGCUCAUACAAAGGCCUUGUUUGCCGAUGAAGAUGGCUACAAUCAUCCUCUAACCUUGCUGGCGGCUGGUGCCAUUGCUGGUGUACCUGCUGCCUCCUUGGUAACUCCUGCCGAUGUGAUAAAGACCCGUCUACAAGUUGUGGCACGUUCCGGACAGACCACCUACACUGGUGUCUGGGAUGCCACAAAGAAAAUUAUGGCUGAGGAAGGUCCACGUGCCUUCUGGAAAGGAACAGCCGCCCGUGUCUUCCGUUCAUCACCACAAUUUGGUGUUACUCUAGUUACCUAUGAAUUGUUACAACGCCUCUUCUAUGUAGAUUUCGGUGGUUCCCAUCCCACUGGCUCUGAAGUGCACAAGCCCAAGCCCAUUGAUACAGCAUCCAAUGUGCGCAUCAAUCCCGAUCACAUUGGCGGUUAUCGCGCUGCAGUACCUUUGCUAAAUGGCAUCGAAUCGAAGUUUGGUCUAUUCCUACCACGUUUUGGUUUUUCACAACAGACACCUGCCUCGGGAGCAAGUAAAAGCUCCUCAUGAUGACGAUAUCGUAGUUUAUAUUAAGUUCUCUUUGAUUUCUUUUGUUGCUUUUUCGUUAUGCCAGUUUCAAUUCAGUUUGAAAGUUCAAUUUUAUUUUUAGUUGAGUAUGAGUCAUAAUUCUUGUUGUGUGAAACCCAUGGGCCUCUCCUUCCAUGAAACAGGUUUUUCAGAAUCCACAUUGUGGAAGAGGAAAGGUCGAAUAUUUAAAAAUUGAGUUAGAAUUUGUUUCUUGAGUAGAUUUUUGUUUGAGGAAAACAGUUUCUAAAUUAUUGAGGAAAUAGCAUAACAAUCAUCACAACCACCCUCAAGACGAAACAAAUGCUAAAGAAAAAUGCAAGGAAAAUCCAAAAAAUAUGUUCGUGAAAUUUAAACAAACAAAAAAAUAUUCGUAAAACAAAAAAAAAAAACUUACAAAAAUACAAAGUAAAAAUAUAUUUUUUGCUAGGAAAAUUAUUAUAUUUCAAGAGAAACAUAAAAAAAACAUUUAAACUUAACUUAUUUAAGUAAAACAGUUAUUAAAGUAAAAUCUAGUGAAAAAAA